UCACAAGGGAUUUUCAAUAAAGGCUCAGAGUGCUGGCGUAACUCGGCGAGUCGGGCAGCAUCUCUGGAGAACAUCUCUCUUGCCCUCGAAACACAACUGUUCAAAUCCAAAGAUGAAUUGCCUUGUUGUCCUGGUAGCCGGUCUCAUUCUCAGUGCCUCUCCAGGUAACUCUUUGCAGUGUUACUCCUGCGGUAAACCACCAGGAAAAUGCGCGGAUGAACCUGUUAGUUGCAAUCCGACGUCGGAAGUAUGCUUUCGUGGGGUUUGGAAGACUGGUGGUAUGACGUUUCACGAAUCUGGAUGUAGUCACAUUGUUGCUUGUAAUAUCGAACAAACUGUUGAUGGUGUCUCUGUCUCUACCCACUGUUGUAAUACUGACCUCUGCAAUGCGAGUGAUCAAGUUAAAUUAUCUCUUCUGCUGUUCCCUGCUCUGGUCUCAGUCUGGUUUACAAUAUGUAUGUGAAGCAAGUGCACAAUAAUAACACAGUGCAAUCUUGUAGGUGCUUUUUGUCUGAAGAUCAGGGAUAAUGAGUCAUAACACUUGAUUUCCAAGAGAUGAGCUACUUAAUCUAACAGAUGUGCAAAUUCUUUUCAUUUCAAAAUCAGUAACCCUCAUCCACAAUGCUUGAUAUUUGCAAUAUUUUAAUAAUCUGUAUAAUAAUAAUAGUAAUCACAUAACUUGUAGUUUGUACCAUUACUCUGUUCAUCUGUUGCCGCAUCUCACUAAAGUACUGAUUUUCAAUUAAAAA